GAGAAGAAGUGCCGGGAGUAAUAGUAGUGUCCGGCCUGUAGUUAAGUGUGUUUAACCUGAGGAGAAGAAAGAGACCGUAAGACGAUAUGGCGGUUGAUAAAGAACUGCUGGAGCUGGAUUUGUACGCGCUGUUGGGAGUUGGUGAGAAAGCGGUGGAUAAAGAGAUUAAGAAAGCCUACAGACAGAAGGCAUUGACUUGCCACCCAGAUAAAAAUCCAGAUAAUCCCAAAGCAGCCGAGCUCUUUCAUCAGUUGUCUCAAGCGUUGGCAGUUCUAACAGAUGCAGCAGCAAGGGCAGCAUAUGAUAAAGUAAGAAAAGCCAAGAAACAGGCAGCAGAAAGGACUGAAAGACUUGAUGAAAGGAGAAAAAAAGUCAAGCUUGACCUCGAAGCCCGAGAAAGACAAGCCCAGACCCAAGUUAGCAAAGAGGAGGAGAUCCAAAUAACCAGAACAUUAGAAGAAGAGAUCCUGCGGCUACGUGAGGAGGGAUCCCGCCAACUGGAGGAGCAGCAAAAACUCAUCCAGGAGCAAAUUCGACUUGAGAGAGAGCAGCGAUUACAAGGCAAACAAGAUGGAGUGGAGGGCAAAGGAACCCCCAAGCUCAAACUACGAUGGAAGUGCAAGAAAGAAGAUGAGACAAAAGGAGGCUAUUCAAAAGAAGUUCUCCUGCAAAUCUUACAGAAGUAUGGUGAGGUUCUGAAUUUAGUGAUCUCAAGCAAGAAGACUGGGAGUGCAAUCGUGGAGUUUGCCACAGUGAAAGCAGCUGAGAUGGCAGUAAAGAAUGAAGUUGGCCUGAUAAACAAUCCUCUAAAGAUCUCCUGGCUAGAGGGCCAGCCACAGAACAGCACAGUGUUUUCUGAUGGCACCAUCCAGCCACGAAUAACCCAGGGUUCUGUAGUUUCUGAGCGAGAUUAUGAAAGUCUUGUGAUGAUGCGGAUGCGCCAAGCCGCUGAGAGACAGAAACUGAUCGAGCAGAUGAAACAAGAAGAUGAAGAGUCUUGCGCAUAAUAUAGGGAAGACCAGAAUUCUCUUUCACUUCCACUGACUGCUUAAAUUAAGUCAAUAAAUACCCUUUUUAAAAACUGUUGUAG